CGUUCUCUUUCUUCUUACAUCAAUCCAAAAUGUACACUUUCACUUUCCGUCUUAACAAUUCUGAAAAUAACAUCCAUCGCUGUCAAUACUGCGACAAGGUUAUGCAACCAAUUCGAACCUUCACCGACAUAUUCCUGAAAAGCAUAGACUGCAAUCAAGAUGUCCCUGCUGAGUCGAUUAGCGAAUCGCGUGAAACCGAGGAUAGCGAUCUUGGAGACGAAGGAGAUAACUUCGAUGAUACUUCGGUUAUCGAUCAAGAGGAUUUCUUCUACCUUGAAGUUGAUGACAGUCUCGAGGCUGAUGAAGGGGAAGUUAGCGACUUUAACCAGCAGGGUGCCUACCAUAGAUAGGAGUCCAACCCAUUCUAUCCGUUUAAAAUCGAAAUGGAGAUGCAAGCCCUGUUGUUUUUUAAAGGCUCUCAGGACAGAUUCUCCAACAGAAUCUCGAAGAAGAUUCUGCAGCUUUUAAAGAAUUUCAUCGAGUUAUCUCACAAAGAGCGAGAUCUAAUUCAACCAAGACCGGAGGGCUUCGACCCGAUUAAAAACGUACCAAAGGAUGACAGAAUUUGCAAGAGCCAUGAUCCCGGCAGAAAUUUCCCAAGCUCGAAGUUCACAGUUGCCAAAUCAACAAAGGAGAGAGCCAGGAGCCUGCCGAUCUAUUCAUGAUCAAACCUUCCAGGUAGUGUCUUAGCAGUACAUUUAUACUUUUCACAAAAGUGCACGUCAGAUAAAAGAUGCUAACACCAUUCACUUGGGGCUUAUCGUCUAUUCACUUGGGUAUGGUCAUGUC